ACACUAUUCCAUCAAUAAAAGUUAAUAAAAUUUCAUGCAUUUAUCACAAACCCAAAACAAUUCACCUUCUUCACUCUACAAUGCCAGGAUCCAUUCAAGUUUCAGUUCUUGACUUCAAGGAGCUUCCUUUGUCAUCAAAUUCUGUCAAGUUGUCAUUGGGUAAAGUUGAGCAUGAAGCUGGGGAAAAAGGGAGCUUUUCUUUUCCGUUGGCGAAUCUGCGGGAUAAUUUGAUCAUUACAGUUCAGGAUUCUGAGGGGAAUCAAGUAUCACAAUCAGGUGUUCGAACCAUGUCGAUAAUCGAAAAGGGUAUAUGGGAUGAUGUAUUUCCCAUUGAAGGAGGUGGGCUUGUACAUAUGAAGCUGCAGUUUUUUCUUAGUGAGGAGGAACAGACCCGCAUUCGUUUGCUGAGAGAAUCGGCAAUGAAGAAGAAGCAAGUUGAGAUUCUUGGUAGUAGAUAUGAGGUUUCGUAUGUUUUGAGUGCUUCGUCUUCACAAGAUUUCCAGAAAGGCGGUUUCAACAAUGACGGGACAAAAGAAGAAUCUUUUCGGAGGCAGUCAUCCACAGAAACAAACGAAGAGAGCACGUCAAAUAAGAAUGAUGCGAUUUCGCAACAACAAGGUGAAGUACCCGAAAAGCUUCUAGAAGACACCGAGACUCGUGAUUACUUAAAGAUCAAAUCAGAACCGUUGUAUAAUCGUGUUGAGAAAUCAGAUAAGCAGAUUCUUGAAGAUAAAAAUCCGAGCUUUGUAAAGAAAACGAGCAAAGAGGACAAUGAGAUUCAACUACAAGAAACCGGUUUACUAAAAAGAUCGGAUGGUUCAUCGUCUAGUGAUGUGGGGUCGUCAAGAUUAACCGUUGCUGAAAAGAUGAAAUCGUUAGAGAAAACCCCGCAAAACAUAAAGAAGAUGAUUAGUGUGUUUGAAAGUACUAUAUCUCAGGAUAGAGUUCCUCUCAAACCUGUAAGUGCAAAAUCAUAUAGAUUCGGAACCUCACGUUUAUUGAAGGAUUAUUACGAGAAGUCAACAAGCCUCAAGAACUCAGAAGACUCAAGUUCGUCUAGGCUCCGGAAUUCUUUUAGUACGGGUGAUUUGCGGAAAAACUUUUCAAAUAUCACAACAGAAGGAGAUCAAGUUGAUCGUGAAGGUGUAAACGACGAAAAAGAGAGUAUUGAUGGUAGAGAGAGUUCCAAAGUCAAUCUUGACUACUUUGACCAAGAUGGUCGAGGUCGAUGGGCGUUUCUUGAUGAAAAACGACAUUUUUGUAUAACGGCCCAAGGUGACAAGACGAUUAGCUUAUUAAGUGAUUGCAAGAUUGAAGGAAAAGGUCACCAAGAAAAGGAUGAAGAAAUAGAAAGUCCGGCAAACGCAGAUGUAGAGGCUUCCAAUGGAUCAUUUGGACAGGCAAUGAAAAUCGCACUUGUGGUAGGAUUUGGAGCACUUGCUUUCCUUUUUCGACAAACGGAAUCUGGAAAAGGAAAGAAAAAGGAAAAUAUACACGCGUUAAGGAAUCAAGUGCCGAUGAAUAGACGAGGAUCAAGUGAAGAACAAGGUAGAAGGUUUGGUGUAUUAAGGUUGUCUUAGGUUUCUUUCUGUCAUUCAAAAUCAUGGCUAGAGUCGGAGUCUAAAUGUGAUUUUACAUUUAUUUUGGUGUUUGUAUGAAACAAAAUAUUAACAGUAGUGUUACUAACCAUUAGUAA